AUGGUUUCAUUAGCUGGAGUAGAUGACGAAAAAAUAAAGAAGCCGUAUCUCGGUGGAUGGAAACAUCGAGCCACAGGUGUGAUAUAUCACAAUGCAGCAUCACAAACAGGGCCAUUAGCCGCGAACAAUGUUGAGAAUUUCUGCAGCAGAGAGGUCCAGUGUAUUAAUACCAAAGAUGAUGCAUUUCAAACUGGUAUUAACAAAGCUACGCAGAUGUGGAGAAAAGAUUGUUAUAUAUCAAGUGAGAAAGAUAAAUAUAUAACAUGCGGAAUUUAUGAAACCGCUGAAGAAGAAGAAAUUCGUAGAAAUAAAAAAGCGACAAUUAUUCAACGAUGUUACCGAUCAUGGAGGCUAUUAAAAAAUAUAAAAUUUUGCGCGAUGGCGUACCAGAAGCUCAGAGACGAAUGUGCGAAACACGACGAAGAGAAAAUAAAGUUACAUGAGGAGCGCAACAGACUCGGGAUUAUUCGGCAGGUGUAUCCUCAAAGACGCGCAGACUUUGACAAGAUUUUAGCACUAAUCGAAACAUGGCGACAGUGUAACCUGCAACGGAUUCGCCGUAACUUUUUCCGAGGCGGAAUGAUAGCAGAGAAUCUGAUGAUGCUGGAAAAAGUAAGAGAAAUGUUGAAAGACGUGGACAAGCAUCGACGUUUUAUUAGAGAUGAGCAUACAAGUAAACAGCUCACAGAGUUCUUGACAUUUCACAGUGAACCAGUCAGGUGGACUGGAUACAAAGGCAAACUCAUUGAAAUGGUCACGUUGAGAGUACAGAGAGCUCGUGAGCUGAAGAAUCUCUAUGACCUACUAGUCAACGAGAGCUAUUGUAGCAUUGAGAAACGAAUCGAAAUGUUUAUUCAUCUCAAGUAUGCUCUCAGUCUCCACAAUUGUUAUCCUGCGUUAGAUCUUGCGGAUUUGAUUCAACAAAAAAUGUUAUUACUGUCUCAUGGACUUGGAUCUUCGUUAGUAAAUUUGGAUAAAAGAAUAUCAAUCGGUUUUUUAUAUUUUGCACGCAAUUCUCACGAUUGCUGCUCCAAGGGCGAACCGGAGGAAGAACUGAAUGAGCCGACCGACAAAGACAAGUUGUUGUGUCGCAGUUGUAUGAAAUUAAUGGGCCGAAAAAAAUUUAACGCUGAUGCUGGAGUUAAAAAGUUAUCUAAAUGCAUCAGCUGCACGUGGCUCUAUCAGCAGAAUGUCAAAAAAAUAGACUACGAUCCUUAUAGCUGUCUAUUAAAUGACAUACGCGCGGAUGAGCUUGGUAAAAAGUGUUUUUCCAGCCUCCUGUAUGUGAUUCAAGAGCCAGAAAUGUAUCAUUUAGUUAAAAAUAUUUGGCACGGACGGUCGAUAGUAAGCGAGGUCGAUGACAUUUAUCGCUUGAGGCUUGUCAGGUUCCACGUAAAUCAAGAAUGGGCUCCUUGGAAUUGUAUUCUGCUUACUGAAGAAGAGAGCAAAGCUCAUUAUUAUAUCACAGAUCUCAGCUCUGUGUACUCAAAGCAAUUGCUUUAUAAAAUUUAUUUAAUUCAUGAGACUGCUAGAAGUCAUUUUCAGUGA